AUGUCGUCCAAGGUCAAGGCUGGUCAGCUCUGGGGAAAGAACAAGGAGGACCUCUCCAAGCAGCUGGAGGAGUUGAAGACCGAGCUUAACCAGCUCCGUGUCCAGCAGAUCACUGGCGGCGCCUCGUCCAAGUCUCACAGAAUCCACGACGUUCGCAAGUCGAUCGCUCGCGUUCUGACCGUCAUCAACGCCAACCAGCGUGCCCAGCUCCGUCUGUUCUACAAGAACAAGAAGCACAUCCCUCUUGACCUCCGCCCCAAGCUCACCCGUGAGCUGCGCCGCAGCCUCACCAAGCACGAGUCUCACGUGCAGACGGAGCGCAAGAGAAAGCAGCAGAUCCACUUCCCCCAGCGGAAGUUCGCCAUCAAGGUAUGA